AUGUCCUACACCAACUUCCGGGGGUUGCUAACCGCGCUUGACGGCUACAUCGAUGAGCUGUCGCCAUACACGGUCGACCUAAACAAUACUCUCUUCCCCCGUCUACCACUCGAACUCCGCGAGCUGAUCUACCGUUACAUCGCGCAUCCACCUCACCAACGCGGGCCCCGCCGCACUUACGUCUCUCGGCACGCUGGCGGCGCACUACCGCCUUGGAGACCCUUAUGGCUUCCCACCAUAUGCUCCGUGAACUGGGCAACCUGGAUCGAAGCGGGCCUGUACGUCAUCAGGUCCACUGAGUUCGAAAUCAUGUAUCCCGACAACCUCGACUACUUCGCGAAGUUCCUGGACACUUUCCCCGGCGAGCAAGGCUGGACCGCAGUGCGAAGGCUAUACUUCACGCUCUUCGAUCGGAACGGGGUAUUCCACGCAAAGAGAAACGGAUAUAUUGACUUCAUGCAUAGAUGCACAGGGCUGACCGAAGUCACGCUCAAAUUCAACGUCCGCAAGCUGCUGGACAAGCAAACGGUGCUGCUUCCCUACGUGGCUCUCGCUCACAUGAACAUUUCCCAGUCCGCUGGGUUCCUCACGCUCGACGAAGUCACUGCUAUGCAUGGGCUAGAAGCGAUCUUUGAGGUAAGCUCGCUGAAUAAGGUGUAUAUUGAUGUUUUCCCUAGAAUAUAUUUACAUGCGGAGGGGUUGGCUGAUGGGGUCCUAAUGGAUGGUAUGGAGUUGAUUGAGGAGUUGGCGGAGUGGAUGCGGGAGGGGUUUCGGAGGCGAGGGAGGAGUGCGGCGGUCGUGGUGAGGGAAGUGAGGACGGAGGGGCUGACGUGGGAUUCUUUGUGGUUUAUCUGA